UAAUAGGUUAAUCCCAGAAAAUAAAAAAAAACAUAAAAAACAAGCUUUUAGUUACAGAAAGCAGGAACAACUAUGAAACAAAACAAACCCUCUUUAUAACCUAUUUAUUAUCCUACAUUCAGUAUUGCCAAAUCAACGAAUAAAGAGGAAGUUGUAACAAAUAUUAAAAGUCAGAAUUAGUCAUUGGUUUUAGAUUUGAUAGUGAAGCGACAGAGGAGCAGGGGAAAGGGACCUUUUCAGUUAGAAUAGUGUUAAGAUGCCUGUGUUGGAGUUUAUUUUUGGUAUUGUACCAUUUGUUUUAUGCUGUUAUGCUGCACCAGCCAACGAUAAAGGUCUAGCUCCAUGUGCAAAACCACCACAGAUGAAAAAUGCUGGGCUGUCGGAUGACUGGAAUGAUGAAACAUAUCGUCCUGGCACAGUCGCAAAUUAUCAGUGCCACCCUGGAUAUAUUAUUGCACCUAAAAUGGUUUGCUCAGGAGGAAAAUGGGAAAUUUUAAGAAGAGGAGAAUGUAGAAAAAGACCAUGUGGUAAUCCUGGUGAUAUUCUUUUUGGCAAAUUUGAGCUAAUAAAUGAAGAGGCAUUUGUAUUUGGAGCUGUUGUGGAAUACUCUUGUAAUGAAGGAUAUCAGAUGAUUACAAAACACAGAAAGCGAGAAUGCACAGCAACGGGAUGGACAAAUGAGCGUCCACACUGUGAAGUUCGCCUAUGCCCCCCAGUGAUGGAUGACAGCCUAACAGUUUUGACUACUGUGUUUGAUGGUGAAUUUUCUGUAGGCCAUGUAAUACAAUUGAAAUGCAAGAAUCCAAUGAAUGAGCUUAAUGGGCCAUCUGAAAUUUUCUGCACCACAAAUGGAACAUGGAAUAUUGACCCUCCUACUUGUAAAGAUACGUCAGAGCCAUGUCUCCUAAAUAAUAUUCAGCUUGGAGAAAACAAUGUGAGGCUUGUAAAGAAAUAUGAAAAUACAGUGUACGCCAAGCAUGGUGAUGUAUUGGAACUUGAGUGUUUACCGGAGCAUGAAAUCUCAGAUCCCAGCCUACUAAGAAUAACGUGUACUAGAGGAGUUAUGCUUUACCCCAAAUGUGUCAGAAAGGAGUCAUAUUUAAAUAUUAAUGAUCAACUUGGAGGGAAGAAUGUGCAACUAUCAGGUAAUAAAGUAAAAGAGUCUGCAAAGAAUGGAAGAAAACCUUGUGGCCAACCACCCCCAAUAAAGUUUGGAGAAAUCACAAGUAAAACAACAUAUAUAUCACGUACAUAUCCUUCAGGCUCAUCUGUGACGUAUCAGUGUCCACAAAUGUAUAAAGUUGAAGGUCAUAAACUUAUCAGAUGCCGGAAUGGAGUUUGGGAUGAUCCACCUGUUUGUCUUGAGCCAUGCACAACAAAUGAGAAUACCAUGGAUGAAAACCAUAUUGUGCUGAGGUGGAGAGGCAACAGUAAGUUCUGCAACAGAAAUGAGCAGAAUGACCAACUAGCUAAAAAGUGCUAUGUUCCACAUGGCAAUACAAUUAGAUUUACUUGUUUGUCUGGAUAUGAAAUACCAAAUCCCAAUGAUUUAAAAAGCAAAUGCAACAGAGGAGUUCUUCAAUAUCCAACAUGUUUUAAGAGAGCAAAAAAGCGAGUACUACCAAGCACUCAAUGAUUCCUAAAAUGAUCAGUUAAGCAGUUGUAUGAAGAUAUUGCUAUGGCUUUAUGUAGUGGCUGGUAAAAUAGCUUUGCAGUACAGUAUGUAAUCAUAUAUAUAUAUAUAUAUAUAUAUAUAUAGCUGAAUAACCCGGCACUCACCCGCUCACCAACGGUAUUUCACUUUGCUCCCGUGCCUUCCAGAAUCGGGGUGUGAAGCCCGCAAUAUAGUUUCCCAAACAGGCGGCACUUGGAGUCUUUCAAAGGUGCAUAAAGUGCUUUAUUGCAGUGCUGUCAUCAUAUCAACAGUUUCGGGGUCGCAGCCCCUUCA